AAGUUGAGAAUUCGUGUUCACAUGUACUAGUUCUUCCCUCGUUGCUGUUUGCACCAAAUACUGAGUGCCUGAUUCCUCCCAGUCUUGCUUCACCUCAUUCAAAGAUACGUACUAAAUGCUCAAACUCUUCUAGAAUAUAGGCGAUCUGUUUGACAUCGUCACGUACAGAUACACCGGUACAUGCAAUUUGGAAUUCGUUUUCACAGCAGUUCUCUCCUCGUCGCUGUGUGAACCAAGGACGAGUAACUUUGGCUUCACUUCAUUCAAAGAACUCAAAGAUAUGUGAAUGAUUUAAAUAGUAUUUUCAGGCAUACAGCUAGUUUAACAGACUGUUUAACAUCAAACAAACAUCUCUUCAGAACUCGUCUUCAGUCUUUCUCUUGUUGCGCCCAAGUCCAAAAUGGAAGUAAAUCUCCGCACAGAAAUGUAUCUUCUCGAAUUGCUGUUGUUCCACAUUACACAAAUCUGUACCGCAUCUGUCUGCCGAACACUACUAUUCAAAGAAUAUCUACAACAUAACAAAAUGCUUCUGAAUCACGUGAUUUCGAAUCACACGGUGAAUACCGAACGACAGUGUCGCUUUGAUUGCUACGACCAUCACGACUGCAUCUCGUACAACACUGGUCCCUCACCAACACAACCUGGGAUGAUAUUGUGUCAGCUGAACGAUGCCAUCCGCCAUCAGAAUCCAUUGGACUAUGUGAACAAACUAGGAUUCUCGUACAGGGGAGCAGAGAGCCCAUGUACGCCUAGGACUUGUUUAAAUGGUGGAAUUUGCCAGACAGGUUUCGGUGAACGUAACUUUAGAUGUAUAUGCUCAAAAUCGUUCGAGGGGGACUUGUGCCAAAACGACAAAGACGAGUGUAAAGAAGAGAUUUGUCCUGCGCAUUCCACCUGUGUGAACAGUUUUGGUUCAUUCUCCUGCUUCUGUAAGAAAGGGUUUGAAGGCAACGGGUUUCUACAUUGUACAGACAUUGACGAAUGCAGUGCAACUCACAAUUGUUCUUCAAAUGCAACUUGUACUAACACUCUGGGUAGCUACCGCUGUGAAUGCAACGUGGGCUACAGCGGAGAUGGGUUCAAUUGUACAGAACGAAACGAAUGCCAGCUUGAACAUAAUUGCUCAAUUCAUGCUGACUGCCUUAAUGUUAUGGGAUCGUACAGCUGUCAAUGCCGUGCUGGAUUCAGAGGAAAUGGAUGGCAAUGUAGAGACAUCGAUGAGUGCUCUACAAAUCAAUUUGACUGCCCCAUCUCGGCGAACUGUGAAAACAAGCCAGGCACGUAUACAUGCGUUUGUCCUGCUGGGUACGAAUACCAAGAACUUACCAAAUCAUGCAACGAUACCGACGAAUGUAACGCCGACAAAAAAGGCACGUGUCCUUCGAACUCUGUUUGUCGGAACUCACUUGGUUCCUACAGUUGUAAUUGYUUGGCGGGAUUUGUUGCUGAUAGCAAAGGCGACUGCAAAGAUAUCGAUGAAUGCAAUGAUCCAAAUAUUUGCCAGUUGUGUCUGAAUACAGAGGGUUCUUUUUCGUGUUAUUGCUCGAGUGGCUUUGCUUGGAAUGGACAUAGAUGCAUACCCCAGACGUAAAUGAAUGCGAUGGACCAGAUAACGGAUGUUCCCAACACGCAAGUUGCCUGAAC